AUGCCCUCGGGUCACGUCAACCCGAAGGCCUCGCUGCAUAGCAUCACGCAACAGCCGGCAGCUGUGAGCGCUGGUGUGGAGAUCAAGAGCUUCUCUGACAGUAGUCGACAAGCACCUCGAUCAUCCCCAGACCACAACGGUAACGGAACAGCUGCCAGGAGUCGACGCCCAAGUAUCAGCGCCUUUGCAGCUGCGAUGACGGUACGUUGCGCUGCUCUUUAUGCCUACUGUUGGGCCGCACUGAUCAAAGCUCGGGAUGUUGCCCUUCAAUAGCCUUCUUCUCCCACGUCGCGGAUGCGAGCGAAGUUUUCCAACGUUCACGGACACUUGCCUUCCGUGAACGUCGGCGGAAGCGAUGACAGCGUGGCACCCGCCCCUCCUUCAGGCGUUCUCUUCCCAUACACACCGAUGUCCAGCUUGCCUUCUUCAGCCGUGAUGCAAGUAGCUCCGCAAAGUGCUGCGGGAAACCGACGACCCGGCCUUCUUUCCCCCGGUCCUUCACACUUUGAGAAGAUCCUUGCCGACAGAGCUGCGGCUUCAAAACACAAACACACCAAUAGUGUGGACAGUGACAAUGCUUCGCUCGCGAGCUUUGGCUGCGAGGGUGCCGUGGAGUUUGACCGACAGUACCGCAACAUCACCAAUGCCGACUUGGAUCCCGGGGUUCGCGAAAGAUUUCUUGACGGCAUUUUCAUGAAGCUCACGGCCAGGGCAGGCAAGAGCGGCUCCCAGUCACGCACCUCGCCCGGCUCCGCCAACGGAAGACAAGGAAAGGUUCGCGCUCUCAAGCCUCACUUUCUGGAUCUCACAGCAAUCAUCAACCCGGUACCACGAGAUCAGCGCGAUACCAGUGUGCAGACACCCAGCUCGACAUCCAGCACGUCCACGGCUGAUUCACCCGUAAGCUGGGAUGCCGAUGUCCCUCAAGGUGUCUCGCCGACGGGUUCCACACCUCUUCUACGUUCUCGACGAAGUGCAGAGUCGCUCGCUGAUGGCCGCCGUAGACGCAAGCAGAGCUGGUUCGGUGCAAAUGUGGCCGGCGUGCCGCCCACCUCAGCAGACAUGCGCGUCACGCAGAGCGCGCAAGAAUACUCGUCGAGCUCACACGUGCCGACGCUGCCCGAGUGGGCCAAAAAGUCCAACAUGUCGCGCUGCGACUUGCCAAAGAGCCAACUUGACGAGCCUCUGAGCCCUAUCAGUCCAUUGGCUCGCAGCGCGCAGAGCAAUAGCCAGUCUGCGCACCAGCCGAAGGACACUUCCACCAUUCGUGGACCUCGAGCACAUGGCAAGGUCUCCGGAAGCCACUCGCGCGCUCGAUCAAUUCACGAUGCAUUGAUAAGCGCCAAUGUAGCUCCGGCGCUUGAUGCCAACAACGUCGCCAUGACGCGUGCUGCCAGCUACGACGUCAAUUCUGGCAACGGUGCACCGGCGCGCGGGUCUCAGCCCAGGCAGGAGCCCAUGAACCAUCUGCACAGCUUGAUGCAUCUCGAUGGUCCGCUUCAGCCCGGUGUGGUCGUGCCCCGCAGCGGCCUGCCAUCCUCAAGUUCGUCGCCAAAGAAGGACUCGCGCAGAGGGGACGAGAAUGUCAGCCCGAAUGCAGGUAGGCACUCGCCGACCAAGAGCAGAGAUCAGAGGGCUGCCCCUUUCGCGCCGAUCUCCAACGUGCACAUGCAGCGAGGCGAUUUGGUGAAUGA